CAGAUAAUUUGCCAUGCGUGCGUAAAAGCGUCUCUUCUUAGAGUAUCGUUUCCUCUUCCGUUUGGAUCUGAAUAAGAACCAAAAUGGUACAGCGACUAACCUAUCGGCGACGUUUGUCGUACAACACAAAAAGCAACAGAAGGCGUGUCGUACGUACACCAGGUGGUAAAUUAGUUUACCAAUACCUGAAAAAACCCAAAAAGAUCCCAAGAUGCGGACAAUGUAAGGACAAGCUGAGGGGUAUCCAACCCGCAAGACCAAUGGAACGUUCACGUAUGUGCAGACGUAAGAAAACCGUCAAACGAGUGUACGGUGGAGUCCUUUGUCACAAAUGUGUAAAAGAAAGGAUUGUGCGUGCGUUUUUGAUCGAGGAGCAGAAGAUCGUCUAUAAGGUUAUGAAAGCACAGCAGGCUUCUGCAAAGACGAAAAAAACAGAGAAGUAAUCUUGUGCUUUUUUUAAGUAAAUAAAACAAGUAAUAAAAUCCAAAAAAAUGAA